CCUCGUCUCCCCGCCCAACGGCUAGCCCUUUUGCUUGUUCCUCUUGAUUUUUGACCGGCCUGCCCUCUUUCCCCUUCUCUCAAUCAAUCGAUAGUCAUUUCAUCCCGUAUCCUCCCACCCCUCCUCCACCAUCCAGGCAAUAUGAACCCUCACCAACAGAAUAAGAUUGAUACCAGCUCCUUGAGUCCUGAUGAGCAACGCCUUCUUCGCCUCUAUGGCAAGAUGCCUACCAAGAAAGAUCUGUUGCAGAACAAGUUGAAGGAACGGAAAUACUUCGAUUCGGGUGACUAUGCCCUCAGCAAGGCUGGGAAGGCCUCAGACGUCGGUGUUACCAAUAUUGGCUCUCAACACCCUGUCCCUGAGAACAUCCCCCAUCUGACGGCGACCUCGCCUGGCGCCAAUAACCCCGCAGCUGCGGGUAACGGUGGAACUGUCAGUUCCCAAGGACAGCAGAUUCCCGGUAGUAUCAGCGGUCACCCGGGCUCUAUAGGAUUCCAGAGCCGAAGCCCUGUGAAGGAAGCAAGCUAUCUGCAACGGGGAAGAAGUGUGGAUGAUGCUGAGGUUGGUGCCACUGGUUCCAUCUCGGCUGAACAGAAGGACGCAGAUGAGUCUAGUGUGAGCCCCCCCCCUGCUCGCGGCGGUGUCCCUAUUCGGCAAUAGGUGGUCAUGUCAACUGAAUUUCCUUUGACCCAUUUGCAACCGCUUUGCCUCAGUCUAUUUGUUGUUCCAUUUGGUGGUAGGGUGGCA